CCUUACAGUGCUCGUAUCAUUCAACUUUAGCCAUUCUUGCUGAUGAAAUCUCACCAUGCAGAAAAUGAAGCGCAGGUUCCCCAAGCAGGAAACCUGCCUUAGAGUGAUGAUCAUAUUCAGCUUGGUUAAAACAAGUAUUGCACAAGGAAAGUACCGAGGAUGCCCUGAAGGUGUGUACUGUGCAAACUUCAAGCUUGAACCAUUCUCCUAUCUAAACAUCACGAGAAUCAGUUUGGAACUCGUCCACAGUGACAGCCAGUGUGGAUUUGCUUGCCUAAAAUCCGCCUCAUGUUUUUCUUAUAACCUGGCUGCAGUUCCUGAUGUCAAAGGAGAACUGUUUUGUGAAUUGCUUCCAUCUGACAAGUAUAACAACUCGGCUAAAUUCAUUCCCAGCCUAAGUUACCAUCACUUAAGCAUUUCGAGUCCUUGCUCCAGCAAUCCUUGUAUGAACGGUGCAACUUGUAUAGCCAAGUACAGAGAUGACGACUAUGAGUGCGUAUGCUCCACAGUCUUUAUGGGAAAGCACUGCGAAAUAGCUCCAGGAGUAGAUUGUGAAGAUAUGCAAAAGCGUGUUGAUUCUCUAAAAGAUGGCAUGUACUGGUUGGAUCCGGAUGGAGGAAGCCAUUCCAAUGCAUUCCAAGCCUACUGUGAUAUGACGUCAUACAGUGGAGGAUGGACCAUGUGUUACACUACCGAUGAAUAUGUCACACCUAAAACUGAAGUCACUUAUGACGCUCAGUUUCCUUAUGGAAGUGACGGCUAUAGGACCAACUGUAACAACAUCCCGUUUAAAGAAAUAAUAUUUAUCGAUCACCAAAACGAAGCCAAGGCUUACUUCACACGCCGUAAUCAGGGUGCUCUGACGGCCGCUGUUAAUUAUGGAAGUGGUGCUGCUACCUAUGGAUUAUGGGAUGGCGUUGGAACUAGCAGCGAAUUUUCCUAUCAGUUGCUGAUCUGCCAUGGUCCUUUUUUUUUUGGAUUCAUGAUAUCCGGGUAUACUGGCAACAAUUAUAAAGUGUGUGGCAACUGGGUUGUUGAUAAUCAGUCACCAUAUUUCCGUUCAGCAUCAACCAAUCCGUCUUUUGGAGGAGUUGCCUUUAACGUCAAUGGUUAUGGAACACUUACCAAGAAGCUCAUCAGUGUUGGUUUACGCUAAGAAAGUUAUUUCCAUAGUAGAGUUGUCUCUUCUGAGUGAUCACUUUAUGAAUUAGUAACCUUUUUAAUGCUGCAUCAAGGCAGGAUUAAGUUAAAUCGAAUCACUAUACAAUCGAACCUGUUUUAAGCGACUCCGUAUCAAGCGAUCACUUUGUUUCAAACAGCCGGUUAUUUAAGUCCCGAAAUUGUUUCCUCUUAAUCACAGUAAUUUUUACCUUCAUUGAGCGGUCGCGGUCGCCCUUUAUUAAGUCCCAAU